AUGUCGCCCCCUCUAGGCUGUAAUAACACUACCAACAUUGGAGAUUUUGUUGCCUCAGAACCUGAUGUCAUCAUUGUAGGGGCCGGUGUUUUGGGCUCCUCGCUGUCAGCGGUUCUGGGGCGAGAUGGACGCAAGGUUACAGUGAUUGAGAGGAGUCUUAGAGAGCCUGACAGAAUAGUGGGUGAAUUGCUGCAGCCUGGUGGAUAUCGUGCCCUCAAAGAAUUAGGCCUGGAAAAGUCAGUUGAGGGGUUGGAUGCAUGCAUUGUGAAUGGGUAUAUAAUUCAUGAUACUGAAAGUGGGAUGGUUAUGGAGAUUCCUUACUCACAAGACCAGACUCAGUGUGGCCGAGCUUUCCACCACGGUCGCUUUAUCAUGGGUCUGCGUAGAGCCGCAUUAGCAGAGCCAAAUGUGAGAUUCAUUGAAGGCACAGUAACGUACCUUGAAGAGGAAAAUGGCUGUGUCACAGGCGUCCAGUACAAGGACAAACAUUCUGGGAAAAUACAGAGGUUACGAGCUCCUCUAACAGUGGUGGCAGAUGGAUGUUUUUCAAAAUUCAGACAGAGUUUGGGCUCAGAAAGGGUUCAGAUCUGUUCCAACUUCGUAGGCUGCAUAAUGAAGAACUCUCCUCAGUAUAAACCCAGCUACGCUGAGCUGGUUCUGAGCUGCCACGGACCGAUUCUGAUCUACCAGAUCUCUUCCACUGACACGCGCGUUCUGGUGGACAUACAGGGACGUCUGCCAAAAAACCUGAGCCAAUACAUGACUGAGAAGAUCCAUCCACAACUGCCAGAUCACAUAAAGAGGCCAUUUUUGUUGGCUGUACAAAAUAAUCGUCUGAAAUCCAUGCCAGCAAGUUUCCUGCCCUCAUCACCUGUCAAUAAACCAGGAGUUUUGCUUCUUGGAGAUGCUUAUAACAUGAGGCAUCCUUUAACUGGCGGAGGGAUGAGCGUAGCACUCAAUGAUGUCAGGAUUUGGAGGAGUCUGCUUCAGAAUAUUCCGGAUCUCAGUGACAACACGGCCUUGUUGCAGGCUAAAAAGAAAUUCCAUUGGGAGCGGAAGGCGUCUCAUUCGUUUGUGGUGGAUGUUCUCGCACAGGCGCUGCAUGAAUUGUUUGCUUCACAAGACAAUUCAGUUUUAGAUCUUAGAAGAGCCUGCUUGUGUUAUUUUCGAUUGGGAGGGGAGUGUGUCUCUGCACCAGUUGGACUGCUUUCUGUGCUGAACCCCCGCCCCAUGACACUGAUUGGUCACUUCUUCUGCGUUGUAUUGUACGCAGUGUACUUAAAAGUCAAGACAGAGGCUUUUGCUGUAAGUGUCAACUGAUUGCCAUUUUGUAUGAUUCAUCACAAGACCAAAAAUGUGUAUACUUUUUACUAAAAUUGUAUAUGCAUUUCCAAUUUUUGAUUAGCUUUUUACAGAAUCUACAUGUACUAAGUUUCUUUUAAGUUUGGUUUCCAUGAUGGUGGAAUUAUGGUUUUAGUGGCCUGAAGAUUGUAACAAAUACAGAUCAUGCUGCCCUACAAAACGCAGUAACUAAACAUUUUGAGAAAAAUGGGUCUCUUAGACUAUGAUCUGUGCUGACAA